GCUGUGUUCUGACGACCAUGUCCAACUUGCUUCGGUCGACACUCCAGAACAAUGCAAAGCAGCAGCACGCACGAAACCUCGCUCCGGGGUUCACAAUAAGAAAGAAGGAGUCACAUACACCUCACAAGAACGGCGCUUCAAGACCAGGAUCAUCGGUGUCAUCGCCGUCGUCGGGGGCAGCAACUCCGAAGUCGAGCGCACCGUGGCCACCAACAUCAUCUGCACCCAGCGCAGCGAACUCGGUAGCAUCAUCAGCAUAUUCCAGCGAUGCUGAGGAUGGUGGCGUGCAGAAGAAGAAGAAGCAGAGGUUAAAGCAAGAUGUUGUGUUCUCUCAGCCUGCAGACACAGGAACCGGAUCACAUAUCAACACUCAACUUGUAUAUGCUGUCCGAGCGCUGAAAGACCAUGGUAAUCCCAUCCGUCUCGAGGAUCUAUCAAUCCAAUUAGGAAUACCUCUUGACAGCAAUGCCGAACUGUAUGAUAUGUUCCUGCAACAUGAUCGCGUCAUUCAUGACACAAAAACGAACACCUAUUCGUACAAGCCCGACUUCAAUAUUCGCAAUAAGGAGCAGCUAUUAACCGAGAUCACACGUCACUACAAGCGCGGAGGGGGCAUGUCUGUCAAGGUCAUUCGUGAAUCCUGGCCGUCUGCCAUACCAGCAAUCGAGGAGCUUGCCGCAAGAGGUGAUGUCAUCGUCACCCGGACGGCGAAGGACAACACACCUAGAAUUGUCUUCUUCAAUGAAGUACCAUUGGAACAGGGUGGGGGGCAGAUCGACAAGGAGUUCCAAGAGAUAUGGAACUCGCAGAAGGUGCCGGAUGAGGACAUCAUCAUGUCAGAUCUGCAGAGCUUCGGUCAACAGACCGCUUCAGUCGAGAUGACUCCUAAGUUUUCGGGUGGAAUACGGAAGAAGGGUAGGAAAGGCGCUGCCAAGCCCAAUCGUCGAAUCAAGAUCACAAAUACCCAUCUCAACAAGAUCGCCGGAAUCGACCUUACGAAAGAUUAUGUACCCACCACCGCUCAAAAGUGAUUUCUCGACGACAUUGUACGAUAAAGGAGCUGGUCGUUCUUGCUUUUCCUCCCUUUCUUCUUGUUUCUCUCUAGAUGCGUGCACCUAUCUCUUCAUCCAUUGCAUCCAUUACUUCAGUUAGGUCAUCGCAUUUUCAUCAGCAUCAACCACACAAACCCG